UGACAGCACGUCCAAUUUCUUCGGAUCCUUGCGUGCCAGUGGUGUUUUCCCGUGUGCAUUGUGAUUGAUUUUGUACUUUAUUAUUUAAUUUACACAGAAAGUUAGAAAGUUUCUUUAUUUGCUAGUCAUUCGCUGCCUAGACGCGUAAUUGUCUGUGUAAAACCAACCGUCUGGUAGCAAGCUUUGCCGGCUCGCGGGCGCCCGAGGGUAUACACCUCGCGGCCACCAUGGCAACGAGCGAUGGAAGUGCGGCUGCGGGCAGCAGUGGCAGCAGCAGCUUCGAUGACUUCAUCUCCCAGUUCAAUGCUCGGGUCCAAAUACAGCAGCAACUGCAAUACCUCCGAUCGAAUCCCACCACUACCAAUACCAACCAGCUGCAGGAACCGCAACAACCAACAACGUUUCAGUAUUAUGGCUUUACCUCCAAUUUGACCCCAACUGCAGCCGAGUUUAUCCCUCGCAAGUACCAAACGGAGGCGAACGAUGGCGUACCACAAACGAACGUUUCGAUGGCAACCACCACACUAGCGUCGGCUGCUGAGAUGGAUGACGAUGAUGAUGCAGAUGAUAGGGAAAAUAUACGUGCAGGAUCGUCGAAUCACUACGGUGCCGGAAGAUCUGCAAGCCGUCCGCGUAGAAACGAAACCCUGAAACCACGCAACGGUUGGCAUACGAGAGACGACCGUCCCGUGGCUCGUCAGGGAAAGUGGAAAUCCAACCAAUCUACUGCCGGUAGUGGAAGGCUUCGGGUGCACGAGGAUGAUUAUGCGGGCGAUUGUCCUCCUUCACGCAAUGGUGAAAACUCUUCACGACGUGCCGGAGCAAGACAGUGGGGUAAUCGUACGAUACAAACCGAAACCGACGAACGGCGUUCGAAUGGUUCAUCGUCGAAAACGGAAGCUAAACCACCGCCACCGGAAUCACCAACAAUAAAGCCACUGUCGAAGUGUUCCCAGCGCGAAAAGCUUAUGCGCGAGAUCGAAUGCUAUCGGCUGGAGUGUUUAGUGUGCUGUGAAAUAGUCAAACCGAUGCAAUCGAUCUGGUCGUGUGGGAACUGCUACCACAUACUGCAUCUUGCUUGCGUUACCAAGUGGGCCACGAGUUCACAGGCAGAGGAUGGAUCUGGAUGGCGCUGUCCGGCCUGCCAGCACGUCACGAAGAAGAUUCCACGGGAGUACUUUUGUUUCUGCGGCAAGAAGAAAAAUCCCACGUACAAUCGGGAAGAUUUAGCACACACCUGUGGGGAACUGUGCGGACGCCGUGAGCUUUGUGAGCACGCGUGCACACUGUUAUGCCAUCCCGGACCGUGCCCACCGUGUCAGGCAUCGGUACAGCGUAUGUGCGGUUGUGGACGAUUGGCAAAAUUGGUCCAGUGCUGUAUGAAGGAGGAGCUGCUGUGUGAUUCCGUGUGCGACAAACCACUGAACUGUGCGCUUCAUCGUUGCGUGAAACGCUGCCACGCAGCAGCGUGCGAAGUGUGUGCGGAACAGGUCCAACAUAACUGUCACUGCGGCAAAAGUGAACGGAUGGUCGUAUGUAGUGUGGAAAAUCUGGAACAGAUGAACUAUGGAUGUGGGAAAACGUGUGGCCUUCCGUUGGACUGUGGGAACCAUCAGUGCCAACGGUUGUGUCACGAGGGUGAGUGUGAUCCGUGUGCCGAUGCGCCCGAGCGCGUCCUCAGUUGUCCUUGCGGACGGGAAGUGAUCGAACCGGGUAGCCGCAAAUCGUGCCUCGAUCCCAUACCAACCUGUGCCGGCAGCUGUGGCCGUAAGCUGGCGUGCGGUCCACCCGGUGCCAACCAUUGCUGCGAGGCGCAGUGUCAUCGGGGCGAUUGUCCAACAUGCAAAAAGUCGACCACCGUGAAGUGCCGCUGCGGAAACAUGGAUCAGCCGAUGAAGUGCAAAGACCUGACGACACGUGCCGACGAUGCCCGGUGCAAGAAGCGCUGUGUACGAAGGCGCAGCUGCGCGAAGCACAAAUGUAAUCAGGUGUGCUGUAUCGAUAUUGAUCACAUCUGUCCGAAAACCUGCUCGUUGCCGCUGUCCUGUGGACGCCAUCGCUGUGAUAAACCGUGCCACAAGGGUAACUGUCGGCCUUGUCAUCGCGUUUCGUUCGACGAGCUGACCUGCGACUGUGGCGCUAACAUAAUCUAUCCGCCCGUACCUUGCGGGACGAAAAAACCGGCCUGCGAACGGCCUUGCAAUCGGAGGCAUGCGUGCGACCAUCCGGCCCUGCACAAUUGUCACGCCGAACCGGAAUGUCCACCGUGCGUCGUGCUGACGACGAAGUCAUGUUACGGUAAGCACGAACAGCGUAAAACCAUCCCGUGCUAUCAGGAAUCGUUUAGCUGCGGUAUGCCUUGCGGGAAACCGCUCGCCUGCGGUCGACACAAAUGUAUCCGAGCAUGCCAUGAAGAUGAAUGCAUGCAGGAGGGAACCGUUUGCAAACAGAACUGUACGAAAACGCGGGAAGCGUGCGUGCACGCGUGUAAUGCACCUUGCCACGAGGACGAAUGUCCCGAUGUUCCGUGCAAGAUUGUGGUGGAGGUGACCUGCGACUGUGGCAACCGUAAGCAGCAACGGACGUGUCACGAUUUCUCCAAAGAGUACCGUCGCAUAGCAACGUCGCAGCUUGCCUCGUCCGUGCAGGAAAUGCAACGUGGCGGAUCGGUCGAACUGAGCGACAUUUUGGGACCCAUUCGACCGAAAAAUAAUAAAACACUCGAGUGUAAUGAAGAAUGCAGACUGCUGGAGCGUAACCGCCGCAUUGCGAUAGCGCUACAGACACGCAAUCCCGAUCUACCGUCAAAGUUGCAACCGAAUUACUCCGAAACGUUGCGUGCGUAUGCAAAGAAAGAUCCCGCCCUGGUGCAGAUGAUACACGAAAAGCUAACCGAGCUGGUGAAGCUUGCGAAGGAAAGCAAACAAAAGUCACGCUCCUACUCGUUCCCGGUGAUGAACCGCGAGAAGCGUGCCGUGGUGCACGAAAUGUGUCACAUGUUUGGUGUGGAAUCGGUUGCAUACGAUGCGGAACCGAAUCGGAACGUCGUCGCAACGGCGGAUCGCUUUACGUCGUGGUUACCGAGCAUGAGCCUGAUGGAGGUACUGCAGCGAGAAAAUGGCCAGCGCCGUAUCAUCGUACCGAGUCUGAAUGCAUGGGGUAGAACAAACUACGCUGGGGCAGCAAGUUCGAGCAGCAAAUGAACGGGAAAAGAUAGUUUCACUCGUCCUGUAACGAGAAAUAACGUUCGUUGUCUUAUUCUUUUAUUUGAAAUUGUUUUUAAUUUUCUUUUUUUGCUAAAUAUUGCUUUAACGAAUUUAUUACUUGCUUUUAAGGAGGUCAGCUGUCCAUUGUGUAAUUCUUAGUUUUUUCUAAUUGUAAUCGUAUAUGUAAUUUAUUAAAUGCCAAUAAAUCAAGUCAGUCCAGUGAGUGGAACAUGACACAAGGCACACAAGGA